GGAAGAGAGGGUGCGCCCGCGCCCUUGCUUUUGUGGCUCUCCUCACAAUUGCACUUUUUUCUUUCUUUUCCCCCAACGCAAUUCGCCAGCUGAGGCACCCACGUGGUCUGGCACGCCUGCGCUGAAUUACACGGCUCGGAUUACAAAUGAGCCGCGGCUCAAGGAACCUAAUCCCCAUGCUGCCGCUGCCGCGCUGUCUGCAUACACACAAAAUCGAGCGCAUCCUGAAAUGUCCGUGUUUUGUCAUUUUGAAAGCGCGCUUGCAUUGCUUCAAUUGCUCAUUUUCAUUCAAACACAUUUUUCUUUCAGAAUAUAGUUAUAAUAUUUCUCUGCUAUAAAGAAUGUCCAAACUGCCGCCAGUUGUUAUUGAUAACGGUACUGGGUACACCAAAAUGGGGUUCGCUGGAAACACCGAUCCCCAGUUUGUCAUCCCGACAGUCAUUGGGCUGCCCAACCAGUCCCGCUACGGCAUCGCGUCAAAGCGCGGCAUCGAGGACCUGGACUUUCACAUUGGCGACGAGGCGUCGUAUGGGCUCAACUAUCCCAUCCGCCACGGCCAGAUUGACAACUGGGACCAUAUGGAGCGCUAUUGGGAGCAGAGCAUCUUCAAGUACAUGCGCUGCGAGCCCGAGGACCACUACUUUUUGCUUACCGAGCCCCCACUCAACGCGCCCGAGAACCGCGAGCAGAUGGCCGAGAUUUUCUUCGAGUCGUUCAAUGUGCAGGGCCUCUACAUCGCUGUCCAGGCCGUGCUUGCGCUCGCCGCCAGCUGGACGGCCAAAAACUCGCAGCAGACGCUCACUGGCACAGUCAUCGACAGUGGUGACGGCGUGACCCACGUCAUCCCGGUCGCCGAGGGAUACGUGCUGGGCUCCAGCAUCAAGCACAUCCCCAUUGCCGGCCGUGACAUCACCGCAUUUGUGCAGCAGCUCAUGCGUGAGCACGGCGAGACAAAGAUUCCGCCAGAGGACUCGCUCGAAAUCGCCCGCCGCAUAAAGGAGCACUACUCGUACACAUGCCAUGACAUGUCCAAGGAGUUCCAAAAGUUUGACGCCGAUCCCGUCAAGUACUUCAAGAGCCUCGACGCCGUCAACAGCAUCAACCAGCAGACGUACAAGGUCGACAUUGGCUACGAGCGCUUCCUGGCCCCCGAGGUCUUUUUCAACCCCGAGCUCGUGAGCUCCGACUUUUUGACGCCCCUGCCCGAGGUCGUCGACACGUGCAUUCAGGUCAGCCCCAUCGACACACGCCGUGGCCUGUACAACAACAUUGUGCUUUCUGGCGGCUCCACCAUGUUCAAGGACUUUGGCAAGCGCCUGCAGCGCGAUAUCAAGCGCAUCGUCGACGGCCGCAUCAAAAUGAGCGAGGACCUCAGCGGCGGCCGGCUCCAGGCCAAGCCGAUCGAUGUCAACGUCGUGGCGCACAAGAAGCAGCGGCAUGCCGUGUGGUUCGGUGGCAGCAUUAUGGCCUGCACGGACCAGUUCUACCAGUUCAGUCACACAAAGGCCGAGUACGAGGAGUACGGACCUAGCAUCUGCCGCCACAACCGCGUGUUUGAGUCGUUGGCGUGAUUUCCCUUCUCUAGUAUUUUUACAGUUUACAGUUUACCGUUUCGAAUUGACCUUCAUUUUAUUUCACGUUCCAAACCUCAUGGCCAUUAAAGACAUUGCUCGGGCUGGAGUACCAAUGCUUGCUGUGCUGGAGACAUGUGAAAUAAUUUAAUUGCAAUGCGCGUGACUGCU